CGGAGCUACUAUGUGUUUUCUGGUUGCCAAUGAGAAGAGAAGAUGUUUCACUGUGGAGUUGGAGACAGAUGAGAAAUCUCUGUCAGACGCUCCAAACGGGAAUAACGACGCUCUUAUUUGAAUAAAGACAGUUUCUUAAUCUAAUGUGGACUAUUUAGAGGAGUUCAAGAUGCAUACAACCCGCAGUCCAUCCGCAUCCAUCCAGGCAGGAGCAGCUGGAGACGCACUGGACCUCAGCUUGAACGGCUCUCAGCUCACAAUGGGCCGCAGACCAAGCAGCGCUUCUCCUGGAAAACACUUCUCUCGAUCCAUAUCUGUGUCCGUGGCAUAUGACGGCAGAGGGAAGCGAAACACAUUGACUGAUGCUGGAUUGGGAAGCUCACGGGCAAUUAAGAACCUGCGUCGAUCUAACAGCACCACACAGGUGAACCAGCAGGCCAACACAAGCCUCAGUAGUGAAGGCCACACAGAAGACUUCCUGGCUCUCUUCAACAGCAGCUCUGAUGGACGGCGAAAACUUGCCAGCCUCUCCAAGAUGUCCAAAGAUCGAACCACCUGGAAUAUUCUGGAUGACCAGCCGAGAGUGUUCCCUGUGCCCAGCAGCUCUCACAGUACCUGCAGUAUGGAUUCUCCUACAGGCCUAAAGAAGAGGGAAGCUGGAGUCUCUUUGGCAGCCAACUUCACUGCCAACAACAGGAGUAAUAAAGCAGCUGUGGGCAACGCAGUGACCGCCAUCCUUCAUAACAACCACUCAGAGAAACCCCUCACUCCCAAGAGCUCCAAUCAGAAACCCUCCUUUAAUAACCUAAUCAAAGCCACUGUAAAUGACGAUGUGACGCUGGAUGUGAGUGGUUCUCUCACUAAGUCUCAGAAGAACUUCUCCUCUGCGUCAUCAAGCUCCAACAACAAUGCUCCUCGCAGCCCUCGAAGCCCAGGUCAACCACGCAGACGAGAGGUCACCGAGGAGGAGGCCGAAAGGUAUAUUCAGCAAGUGAACCAUGCUGCUAUUAUCAUCCAGCGUUGGUAUCGUCGACAUGUCAACAGUAAGAGAGCCAAUGAGAAUAUAAUCAAACAACUCCUUGCAUCCAAAAAGAAGGAGAGGGAGCAGAGAGCAGAAGAGGCAAAAACCACAGAGUCACUGAAAAAGAAAGAAGAUGAUCGAAAACGGAUCAGAGAAGAGAAAGCUCGUCUGGCUCGACUCACUGCCAUCCAGGAGUUGCAGCAGAAAAGAGCUCAACGAGCAGCAGAGGUACAGCAAAUCGCAGAGCAGGAAACAGAGGCACUCCGGCAUCCUGGGAAAGUAGGACGUAAAAAACUCACCAAAAGUUCACCCACUUCUCCUACAGAUAUCAAGGCUAAAAAUACAGAUUCUAAUGUCAAUGUGGUGUCUGAUCUGGAUGAUGUGACGAAUCUGAGGGCUGCUUCGCCUGCUGGUUCUGCAUGCAGAGUAUCUCAGUGCUCUCAGGAGAUUCUCCAGAGGUCUGUAAGCAUGGAAGAUCAGCGACAGGGGGCGUCAUCGAGCAGAGCGCAGUCAAAAACCACUCUCAAUGAUUUGCUGGACACUCUGAAGCUCUUAGAAGAGGAGCCAGAGAGACUGUCAGAGCCCAAGAGCUACAGGAAGGACAAAUAUUCCUGGAUUGAUGAGGAUGGAGAUUCUAACUCCCUGACGACAGAUAAUGUGGAGCGGCACAGACAGCUGAGUCAAACUCCAGCUCUUCCAGAUGGGGGCGCUUUGCUCUCAGAAGCCAAACUGCAAAGCAUUAUGAGUUUUCUAGAUGAGAUGGAGAAAUCGGAGCAGGAGAGACCACGCUCAGUCACCUCUGGAUCACAUAGAGAGGUGGUGCUGUCAGAGGAAGAUCUAGCAGUUGUUGAACAAGCCUCAGCCACAGCUGCUGAGGUCACCGGCUCUAUGAUGAGACUCAGACUGGAGCUGGAUGAGAAAAAACGCACCGUCAAUAUGCUACAGACUGCACUGGCCCAGCAGAGGGAGCUGACGAUCCGACACGUGAAGGAGACAGAGAAAGAGCUUAAUCAUACGUUUCAGCUACAGAAAGAGCAGUAUGAAGCGACAAUUCAGAGACACCUGACAUUUAUAGACCAGCUGAUUGAUGAUAAAAAGGCCCUGAGUGAACGCUGUGAAGAAGUUGUGGGUGAACUCAAGCAGGUGGAUCAGAAAUACACGAAGAAGAUUGCCCAGAUGCAGGAGCAACACGAGCUGGUGUGGCAAAUUCUGGGUCCCAUGUGUGAGGAGAUUAAGAAGCUAAAAGAGUUAAUGAGUGCCACAGAGAAGGUCCGACGGGAAAAAUGGAUCAACGAGAAGACCAAAAAGAUCAAGGAGAUCACUGUAAAAGGUCUAGAACCUGAAAUUCAGAAGCUGAUCUCCAAACACAAGCAGGAGCUGAAGAAGCUGAGAGUUCUUCAUGAGGCAGAGCUCCUCCAGGCGGACGAGAGGGCUGCUCAACGCUACGUCAGACAGAGCGAGGAGUUACGGCAACAGCUGGAGAAAGAAAAAGAUGAACAGUGCCAGAGAGAAAGAGAAUUGGCUAAGCAGAGGUUUGAGAAGCAGCUGCAGGAAGAGGAGAACGUGCUGCAGCAGCAGAGGAGGCGUCUCUAUAAAGAAGUGUCGGAGGAAAAAGAGCGUCUCACACAACUGGCAGCCAGGCAGCAUGCAGAGCUGGAAGACUUAAGGAAGCAGCUGGAGGACAACAGCUCUUUGGCAGGAAGAGCAUUGAGAGAAGAGCUGGAGAAGAGCAGGGAUGAGCAGGAGAGACGUCAUCAGGUUGAAAUAAAGGCCCUGAAGGAACGACUCGAAAUUGAGAAACAGACAUGGGAGGAAAAUUAUAUGAAAAAAGAGGAAGCAUGGCUGUUGAGUCGAGAGAGGGAGCUGAAAGAGGAAGUGCGUCGUGGAAGAGACAAAGAGAUCGAACUGGCCAUUCAGAGGCUGGAGGUGGAGACCAGAGAGGCCAGAGAGGAGUGCGAGCGAGCUGCUGACAACCGGAUGAAGCGUGUGAGGGAGAAAUACGAAGCCGAGCUAAGGGAUCUGGAGCGUUCGGAGCGGACAUCGCUACAGAAACAGCAGGAGAUGAGGGAGAAACACAGUGAGAUGGAGGCCGAGCUUCUCCGACUGCAGUCUCUUUUACGACAGCGAGAGCAGGAGAUAAGCGACCUUACCCAGGCCCGUGAUAAGUUAUCAGAAGAGCGUCGCAGCCUGUCAGAAGUCAUCAGACAGGAGUUUGCAGAGCGGCUUAUAGAGCUGGAGGAAGAGAACAGGAGGAUGAAAAUGGAGGUCUCGGAAGCCAAAGCUCGACUUCGUUUAGAAGUAGAGCGAGUGACCAGAGAAAAGGAAGAAGAGCUUGCAGAAGUACAUCAGAGAGUGAAGUCAGCUAUAUUGAAGAAGGAAGAGACUGUGAACAACCUGCGGAAGCAACAUGAGGCGGCAGUGAAGAGAGCAGAUCAUCUUGAGUCAUUGCUGGAGCAGCAGAGAAAACAGCUGUUAGGAAAAUGAAUGACAAGUUAGGGCAUUGAACCCCCUAGAGAUCCCUUCCCUUCUGUCAUACCGUCCUCUUGCACAAAGAAAGCUUUUCUUUAUUUGUUUUUUUUUUUUUACGUUUCUUUUGGUUGUUUGGAUUCUGGAUGGACGUUUUGGUUCCACCAGACCUCUCAUCCAGAAAGGCAGUCUUUGUCAUUCCCAUGGGAACAAGGCAAGAAAUAAGAGAGGAAUUUAAUCUUCUCCAUGACUCCUGGAGAGGCUUUUGUGUUGUCUCUCUUGCACGGAUAUGACCAAAUUGCAGACUCUUUUCAGCCACCGCUUUCACACAGCUAAUCAAACGAACAGUAAUUAAAAUUGAAACACAAUUUUCUUACUAGAGUUUAGAUCUAGUGUAUUGUUGAAUCUUACAGACUCGUAAAAAUGUGCAUAUUUCACCCCCGUACUCAGAAAAUAUAAAUCAUAAUUUGCUCCCACAUUAAGUGGCCUUAACUACUAUGUAUUUGCAUCAAAAUAUAAGGACAAUGUUCUUAAUUUGUUCAUAAUGUGUUGCAGAACACUUCAGGUGCAUUUCGGGUCAGGUUGCUGUUAGGUUUUGGGGUGGGUCAAGGUGUAAGGAACAGUCAAGAGUAAUUACACAUAUAAUUACAUAUGUACAUACAUAAGUACAAUGUAAAACAUUUAUAAAUUAAAACUAAUAAUAAUAUUUAAAAUGAAUCAUCAA